AUGGCCGGCCUACUAGGAAACCUCACAAAUAGCCUCGACAAUACACUCACGGGCGGCGAGAAAGAGCAAGGCCAAGGCGGUCUCUUGGGAUCUGUCGGCGGCGCUGUAAACAAUACUGUUGACGGUGCAGGAAAGACUGUGGGACAAACCACAGACGGUCUUGGGAAUGUUGUCGGUCAGACUACGAAUGGAGUUGCUGAUACCGCGGGGAAGACAACUCAAGGUGUUGGAAAUGCUGCUGGUGGUGUGACUGAAGGUGUCGGGAAUACGGCGAGUGGUUUGGGCAGCACUGCUGGUGGGUUAGCCGGCGGUGCUACAGGACAACAGAAGCAGCUGUAG